AUGUCGGAAAAUAACAAUACAAAUAAUAACAAUACCAAUAGUAAUAAUAAUAAUAUUGAUAAUGAAAAUAAAGAGUGGGUUAAUAUUGGUUAUGAAAAUUGGAAAAGAAUAAAUAAACAAUGGAGAGAAUCAAUUUCGACCAAUCCAACCAAUGCUUCAAAUAAAUAUAAAUCAGUUGAUGCAGUUACAAUAACAGAAGAGUUUUUAAAUAAGAAUGGAGCAUUUUCAAAAAGAGUACCUUUGCCAGAUUUAGUUGCAAUAUUAUCAGAAGAGUGGGAAAAUGAAGAAAACUAA